UGCCUACACGGAGCCCUACAAGGUCUGUCCCAUCUCGGUGGCGGCUCCCAAAGAGGACCUCACGUCAGAUGAAGAGCAGAAAAGCUCGGAGGAGGAGGACAGCACUUCGAAGGACCCCAGCCUCACCCACAAGGUGGAAGGACAGUCCAGGGCCCUUGUCAUCGCACAGGAACUGCUGUCUUCAGAGAAAGCAUAUGUGGAGAUGCUCCAGCACUUACAUCUGGAUUUCCACGGAGCUGUCAUGAAGGCAUUGGAUGACAUGGACCACGAGGGCCGAGACACAUUGACCCGGGAGGAGCUGAGGCAGGGCCUGAAUGAACUCCCAGCCAUCCACGACCUUCACCAAGGCAUCCUGGAGGAGCUGGAGGAGAGGUUGUCAAACUGGGAGGGCCAGCAGAAGGUGGCCGACGUCUUCCUGGCCCGGGAGCAGGGAUUUGAUCACCACGCCACUCACAUCCUGCAGUUCGACAGAUACCUAGGUCUGCUGGGUGAAAACUGCCUCCACUCUCCGCAGCUGGCAGCUGCCGUCCAUGCAUUUGAGGAGAGUCUGCAAGGAGGUGGCCAAGCCGUGAAGCAUCGGCUGCUGAGGGUGGUCCAGCGCCUCUUCCAGUACCAAGUGCUUCUCACAGACUAUUUAAACAACCUCUGCCCAGACUCGGCUGAGUACGACAGCACACAGGGUGUGCUGACCCUCAUCUCCAAAGUCACAGACCGUGCCAACGACAGCAUGGAGCAGGGGGAAAACCUUCAGAAGCUGGUCCACAUUGAGCACAGCGUUCGGGGCCAAGGGGAUCUCCUCCAGCCAGGAAGGGAGUUUCUAAAGGAGGGGACACUAAUGAAAGUAACAGGGAAGAACAGACGCCCCCGGCACCUGUUUCUGAUGAGCGACAUGCUCCUGUACACGUAUCCCCAGAAGGACGGGAAGUACCGGCUGAAGAGCUCAUUGGCCGUGGCCAGCAUGAAGGUCAGCCGCCCCGUGACGGAGAAAGUCCCCUACGCCCUGAAGAUUGAGACUCCCCAGUCCUGCCUGAUGCUGUCCGCGAGCUCCUGUGCGGAGAGGGAUGAGUGGUACGGCUGUCUGAGCAGAGCCCUUCCAGAGGACUACAAGGCCCAGGCGCUGGCUGUGUUCCACCAUUGCGUGGAGAUACGGGAGAGGCUGGGGGUCAGCCUGGGGGAGAGGCCCCCCACCCUGGUGCCUGUCACACACGUCAUGAUGUGUAUGAACUGUGGCUGCGACUUCUCUCUCACCCUGAGGCGUCAUCACUGCCACGCCUGUGGCAAGAUUGUGUGCCGGAACUGCUCGAGAAAUAAGUACCCCUUGAAGUACCUCAAAGACCGGAUGGCCAAGGUCUGCGAUGGCUGCUUUGGGGAGCUGAAGAAGAGGGGCGGGGCUGUCCCGGGCCUGAUGAGAGAGCGGCCUGUGAGCAUGAGCUUCCCCCUGUCCACACCCCGCUUUUCGGGCAGUGCCUUCUCGUCCGUCUUCCACAGCAUCAACCCCUCGACCUUCAAGAAGCAGAGGAAAGUCCCUUCGGCCCUGACGGAGGUGGCUGCCUCCGGAGAGGGCUCUGCCAUCAGCGGCUAUCUCAGCCGGUGUAAGAAGGGCAAGCGGCACUGGAAGAAGCUCUGGUUUGUCAUCAAAGGCAAAGUCCUCUACACCUACAUGGCCAGUGAGGACAAAGUGGCCAUGGAGAGUAUGCCUCUGCUAGGUUUCACCAUUGCCCCAGAAAAAGAAGAGGGCAGCAGUGAAGUAGGACCUAUUUUUCACCUUUACCACAAGAAAACCUUAUUUUAUAGCUUCAAAGCAGAAGAUACCAAUUCAGCUCAGAGGUGGAUUGAAGCCAUGGAAGAUGCAAGUGUGUUAUAGCAUUUAUCAAGCAUGUGGACUCAGUAUAAACUCUUAGGUUGAUAUGUGAACCCUUAUAGAAGUUAAUCCAUCUCUCAACUCAUCCGGACACACAUCUGGAUUCAGCAUGGGCCUUGACCUUUUUUGCAGUAACCCCGCCACACACAUCCUCAGGAGUGGAGCCCUUAAGGAAUAUUUAUGGACUUCUCUUCUGUCUUCAUGUUUUCCACCCCACCAACCCCACCUCCUGUCAUAAACUAUUUCCUUAUCCUGCAGUGAGUUACCAAAUGUAGUAUCAUGAAGAUGUGAAAACCACUAGAAAAGUACAUUUAGAAAUGCAGGUUUCUAGUAGAAACAAGCUUUUACAGUUUUUACUUAUGGUAAAUCUUACCAUCUUUCAUAAUGUUGAUUGUGGUGCCUCAGGUGAAAUGAGAAACAAUCAGUAACAGCUAUUCUCAUCAAAAGCACUUUAUUGUUUCUGAGCUGAAACCUCCAAUUUUGUGUUUUCCAAGUGAUUUACUUAAGUCAGUAACAGAUGGAAUCCUGCGGACUAAUCUGCCACCAGUCCUCUAACAAGGGUAUACAUAAAAUGAACUUGUGCAGACCUGGCUGUGGCUUGCCAGUGCAUAAGCACACAUCACUGCAGAGGGGCCAUGCCCCAUUAGAUAGGCAGGGGAGGAUCUGCUCCUCAAUGGAUCAUGUGACCUGUAUACUAACAUAAUUUAUUGAAGGAGGGACUCCCUCCUUCCCACAGUAGUCCUUAACACUACACCAGUGUUGGAAACUCAGCCACUGGCAGAUCUGGCCUCCCCAAGGUCACCAAGGGCCCUCUGAAGAGUCAGAGUCUGCUUUAAUUUAUUGUGUGCCUUCCUUUGUUUACCCCCACUAGAGCUGACAGCAUUGUUUAUGAGAACCUAUCCUUAUUUUAGAUACAUGGUAAUCUUUGGAUUGCAUUACUUUUUAUUUUUUGAAAGAGAAAACAAGAUAUACUCAGAAGGUGAAUUCAUGGUCUUGGCAGAUGGCUCUAGACACAGUACGGGGACACAGAGGUAGCGGCUUGAAGAUAUUCUCUGGGCACCUGUAGCUAAAUCACCUCCCACAGAUGACUCGCUCAUGAUGCUGGACAGUUUUUUACAUAAUGGGAGUGGAGGGGUGGGGGGUGGGCUUCAUUACUCUUAUUGCAAUAAAAAUCAUAUCAUUGUCUGAUA